AUGAAUUGCAAUUCAAUUGAUUUGAAAUCGUGUAAAAUAAGUGAGCAUCAUAUAAGACAUACAAAUAUUAAAGUGUUUCAGUGCGAUUUUAAUAAAUGUAAUAAAGUUUUUAAAAAUAAAAGUGUUUUAAAUAAACACAAAAAUAGUGUUCAUUUAAACGUGAGAUAUGUAUGCGAUUGGAGUGAAUGUCGCAAACAGUUUAUACGAAAAUCACAUUUACUUCAACACAAAAGUGCUGUUCAUUUGAAUGAAAAGACAUUUCAAUGUAAUGAAGAAAAUUGUGGCAAAAGAUUCAGUAGAAAUUCACAUCUAAUUCAACACAAACGCAUACAUUCGGGUGAAAAACCAUUUGUUUGUCAUUUCAAUGAUUGUAAGAAAGCGUUUACCCAAAAAACUCAAUUAAAUAGGCAUUUAAAGAGGAAAUUCAAAUGUAGAUAUAAUAAAUGUAAUGAAUAUUAUUCAGACAAUAAUGCAUUAAAACAGCACAUAAUAGUAUUGCGACAAAAGAUUUUAACUGGUCAUCCCUUUACCAACAAAGCAUAUCCAAUACUGUUCCUCACCGAUAAGUACGACAUUUCGGACGACUGUAUAUUUUCCGUGAACGACCCGUCCGUUUCCCAUCAAAUACUGGUCGCCACUGACGGACAGGGCGUGGAUGUGGUGCUGAGCGCACUGUCCAAUCAGCGCCUGGUGUUGACCGAGGAGGUGGUGGGCCAAUACGGCCGGUGGAUAGACCUGGAUAACUAUGACAGCAAUAGCCGGGGUUUUCACUUUUAUAUAAUUAAAAAUUCCAUUUCCACAAUCCAUGGACAUAUAAACCUACAUCAUAGUAAUCAAAACCACUACCAGUCCCAUCCAUUUCCAUCAGAUCUGAUUAACUGA